CCAAGUGGGGAGCGGACAGGCGGGCGGGCAGGUGGCCCCGGGCCGCCGCGCCCGCGCCUUGGCUCUGCCCCCUGGAGCCAAGCGAGCCUCUGCUCCCUCGUGGUGCGAGGGCGGUGAUGUUUUUCCUCCCACCCACUUUUGAGUCCCCCCUCCCCCUUCGCGCGCACUCAAGUUCUCGCCACAACCUGCGAGCCCCAGACCUCGGAGGAGCGCCCCAGGGAGCUCAGAGCGUGUGCAAGCGUGGCAGAAGGAAGAGGCCAGUGCCCAGCUUUAGCCCACCAGUCCUAGGAGUCUCUGAGCUGCAUUUUGCAGUAGCUCAAAGGAGAAGAGAGUGGAAGAUGGAAGGCAUAAAAUAUAUCGCCUCCUUGUUUUUCUUCUUUGUUUUCCUGGAAGCAAGCAAAACAGAACAAGUAAAACACUCAGAGACAUAUUGCAUGUUUCAAGACAAGAAGUAUAGAGUGGGUGAGAAAUGGCAUCCCUACCUGGAACCGUAUGGACUGGUUUACUGUGUGAACUGCAUCUGCUCAGAGAAUGGGAAUGUGCUUUGCAGCCGAGUCAGAUGUCCAAGUCUUCAUUGCCUUUCACCCGUGCAUAUUCCUCAUCUGUGUUGCCCCCGUUGCCCAGAAGACUCCUUACCACCGAUGAACAAUAAGGUGACCAGCAAGUCCUGCGAAUACAAUGGGACCACCUACCAACACGGAGAGCUCUUCAUAGCUGAAGGGCUCUUUCAGAACCGGCAGCCCAAUCAGUGCAGUCAGUGCAGCUGCUCGGAGGGGAAUGUGUAUUGUGGUCUCAAGACUUGCCCCAAACUGACCUGUGCAUUCCCAGUCUCUGUUCCAGAUUCCUGCUGCCGAGUAUGCAGAGGGGAUGGAGAAUUAUCAUGGGAACAUUCUGAUGGUGAUAUCUUCCGGCAACCUGCCAACAGAGAAGCAAGACAUUCUUACCUCCGUUCCCCCUACGAUCCUCCACCAAGCAGACAAGCCGGAGGUCUUCCCCGCUUUUCUGGGAGCAGAAGUCACCGGGGAGCUGUCAUUGAUUCUCAGCAAGCAUCAGGGACCAUUGUGCAGAUCGUCAUCAAUAACAAGCACAAACAUGGACAAGUGUGUGUUUCCAAUGGAAAGACCUAUUCUCACGGAGAAUCCUGGCAUCCAAAUCUACGAGCUUUUGGCAUUGUGGAAUGUGUUCUAUGCACUUGUAAUGUCACCAAGCAAGAAUGUAAGAAAAUCCACUGCCCCAAUCGAUACCCCUGCAAGUAUCCUCAAAAAUUAGAUGGAAAGUGCUGCAAGGUGUGCCCAGAAGAACCUCCAAGUCAAAACUUUGACAGCAAAGGUUCCUUUUGUGGAGAAGAAACCAUGCCUGUAUAUGAGGCUGUGCUCGUGGAGGAUGGAGAGACAACCAGAAAAGUAGCACUGGAGACCGAGAAACCACCUCAAGUAGAGGUUCACGUUUGGACUAUUCGAAAGGGCAUUCUCCAGCACUUCAACAUUGAGAAGAUUUCCAAGGAGAUGUUUGGGGAGCUCCAUCAUUUCAAGCUGGUGACUCGAACCACCAUGAACCAGUGGAAGAUUUUCGCUGAAGGAGAAGCUCAGCUCAGCCAGAUGUGCUCAAGUCGGGUGUGCAGAACAGAACUGGAAGAUUUGGUCCAGGUUUUGUACCUGGAGAGACCUGAAAAGGACCACUGUUAGACAAAACAGCCAGGAUGGAAUAGUAUCAAUCAAGGAAACCCAAGCUGCAGCUGGACUGCCGGCUUACUUUACCUAAGUCAACAGUGCUCCAAAACCCCACAGUCAACCUCAGUCAAAUUAUCCAGUCACAGCAUACCUUGUUCCUCUGUGUGCAGCGGUGUGCCAGCCCUCAAACAUCUCCUGUAAAGAGAAUAGAGGAGUCUUUAAUGGUUUCUGGGGGGAGGGAUAGGACUUUGUGGUACAGCUCUAUUUUCUCUGAGAAUCACAUUUAUUUGCAGGUUAAAGUAGAAAAGAAAACCACUUUUAGGGAUUCUAUGUAGAAAGUCACAAGAGAGAGAGAGAAAUUGCUGAGUUUGAGUUGGAUCAUGCCAAACAAAUUUGUGUGAAAUACUUUUUGAAUGUUCAAGUGUCUUCCCUACUUUAAAAAUGUUAUUCAGUUGGUGGUCGAACAGUCAGGUGAUUACGGAGCACAUACCUAGCA